GGUGGUGGUGGUGGUGGUGGUAUGUGGCAGGAACAGCUAGGCAGCGAUAUAUUCGAUAAGCUUCCUCACCAAACCAAGUGAUGUCGCUAGUGUCGACGCAGGCAUUUUCAGCAGCAGCAGCUACAGCAACUGCGGCGCGCGUUCUGUGUUGGUGGUGUGGCCGCCGUCCGCGCGUCGUGUCGUGUCGUUGCUGUUGCUCUUUCGCCCCUGUGUAAUCCGUCGCGCUAUCGCACUCCGCGGAUGGGAUCACUCGCUAUCUCUACGUGUUGUUAUACGUGCUGUUGUGUGUGUGUGUGUGUGUUUUGUUGCUGUUUGUACUGGGUGGUUGUGCUUUUCGCUGGUAAAUUAGAAAAAAAACAACACAUACACAAAAAAAAGUCAUCCAGCGGCCAGUAGCAGCAGCAGCAGCAGGGGCCUAGCAGCGGGCGCGCGCGCGCGUGUGUGUGACGGUAUUUCCUCGUUCGUAUGUCCGAGCUCUUAUAGCGCUAUUGCUGGCUGCUGUGUGGUUGAGUGUGUGAGCAAGUGACCAACGUGAUGAGUGUCCGAGUGAUGGUGUUGGUGAGCGGCGCCCCGUAACUGUGUCGUAACGCAUGGUGCCGUCUCGCUCGCACUAGACCUUGCAUGCCUAGCCCCCGAGUAGCUAGCGGUGCUGCUUUGUCUACCGCCCGGUGCUGCGCUGAGGGGCACUCGCGUUUUCAGUCGCUCGACGACCAGUGAGCAACCCGAUGACGUUCGCGAGCGUAAUGUCAAAAUAAUUCGAUCUUCCGCUAGUUUCGUUUUGGUGUUCGCAAGGAAAAUAUGACGACCCGCCUGUGUUCGGCUAUCUGCGAUCGUGAACCGUCCACUGCCGUCACCAGCAGCAGCAGCAGCAGCAGCGUCCGCCGUCGUCGUCAUACCAUCCGCGCGCAUCCGUCACGGCACGCAGGCACGGCCGCCUAGCCGUACCACUGCCGCUGCCGUCGCCGUCGCCGCCGCCACCGCCGCCAUCGUUCCUUCGGCUGCCAUACCUCCCAUAGCCUGUUGGUUGUGCGCGCAGGGGUAGCUGAAGAGGAAAGGGGGUUGCAGAGAAGCUGCUUCCCAGCAACGUGAGCAUCCCGAGCAGCAGCCGCAGUAGCAGCCGCUGGAGCAGCAGCGGGGCCCGCGCCUAAGCAAAAGUUCGACAAAACACCGAAAACAACUUUGUUCCCGAAGUACCAAAGGACCCCGGAAAGGGAGCAGGAAGGCAAACAGGAUACGAGCACGAAGCUGAGGGAGCUCUUCCCCGAGGGUGUGAAUUGACCACUUUCGAAGGGUUGUAGCUCAACUUUCGUGAUCAACUUUCGAAGGGUUGGCCUGGCACCGAUAGAAUCUUGCAGAUAAAGAGCAUUCAGCGUUACACAUUCCGUAAUUGCGAUCGAUCGUCUAAGAACCUACACGAAGUGAUUGCAGCAGUGAGCGUGUACGUGAUUGUGUGUAUGUGCGCGAGUUUUAUUGGUGCGCGUUUGUGCGCACACCGAGUGGGCUAGUAGCACAUAGUCGUGAGUGCGUGGAUCCGGUCAAGCGAUCACGUUGUAUCCAGAGGAGAGCAAACGGUGGAACAGAGGAGGAAGGCGUGCAGCGAGCGGCUGCGGCCGGGGUACCACCUUUGGAAGAGAACAACGAGAGUGGCCCAGGAUCGUCGCUGGUGUCAUUGGGACCAGCAACGGUAGCAGUAGCACUAGCAGCAGCGUUAGUAACAGCAUUAGCAGCAGCUCGACGAAGCCGCACACUACCGCCCGUAAACGCGUCACGCUCGCUGGCAGUGCUCGGCGGAUUAUGGACAGUAGUAUGGUCGAGGAGAACGGUUCCUCGGCGAUAGGCGAUCCUCUAGGUGGUGCUGGUGGAGGAACUGGUAGCGCAAACGCCGCUACCGGCUCGGGCGAGGUGGCCGGCGGUGGUGGCCGUGGCCCAUCUGGCGCACAACUCCGCAAUACCGGCGACAACAACAACAGCACCUCCAGCAGUAGCAGCGGUGGCGUUAAUAAUAAUAACAAUAACAAUAGUGCCGCACACGGUAAAAGUACCGGCUCUGGUAGCGCUUCUGGUGGGGGUUUCCGGCAGAGCUCCUCCCUGACGGUCGCAGGACCAACGAUUGACGCAUCGCACGUGUCACCGGCCGCCCUGGCAGCGGCAGCCUCAGCCGCCAACAUUGUGCACAUCAUACCGGCCGCUGCCAUUUCGGAUGAACCAGGACCAAUACCGGCACAGGCACAGUCUGUGAUCCAGCAGAAUCAACAAUCGGUCAUACAGACGGCGGCGGGCAACGCGCCGCUUUCGCGUGGUGUGCUACUAGUGUGCAACAAACCAAACUCGGUCAUCCACACGACGACAGGAAACCUGCAGACGAUACAAAUCAAACCUGAACUGCAUAUCGGGGGUGGCCCGCCAUCAAUCAUGACCGACACCAACAGUGACGAUACGAUGUCGGACGAGGAGGCAUCGCCGAAGAAGCGACGAGAUCUACUGACUAGGCGACCAUCUUACCGUAAGAUAUUGAGCGAUCUUGGUGGAGCGGAAAUCGUCAACACCCCGAGCGAUGGUCCUGGACUACACACGAUAGCGACUCCUGGCGGUGGUGUAGUUCAAUAUUCCCAGCCCCCGGAGGGCAUUUACGUACCUCAUAUCUUUCCCAACACAGUCAUGGGCGGCAGCGUGCAGCUGGAGGAUCAGUCGCGUAAACGAGAGAUGCGGUUGCAGAAGAACCGGGAGGCGGCCCGUGAGUGCCGGCGCAAGAAGAAGGAGUACAUCAAGUGCCUAGAAAACCGGGUGGCGGUGCUCGAGAACCAGAAUAAGGCCCUGAUCGAAGAGCUGAAGUCGCUAAAGGAGCUGUACUGCCAGCAAAAGAGCGACUGAACCCUAGGGGCCGUGGAUGCGUGUGUUAGCAGUGAAGAUAGCGACAGUAAGCAGCAGCACCACAACCACCACCAUCAUCAGCAUCAGCAGCGGCAGAAUGAAUCCUCGAUGCAGGAGGAGUAGGAUGUGCCCAUCCAUAAGUAGAAAUAGCGAGCCGAGAAGUGAGCCGGGAAGGAAUGAGGAAGAUUGGUACCUGUAGGCAUCAGCGUUGGGUGUGAUCUUUCAUGUAGGAUAGGACGUGUACCCGUCUGUGGUCAGGGUGUGAGUAGCAGUAUAGCAGGCCGACGAACGGGAACGGUUGUGGUGGGAACGUCUUUCAUAUUGUGGAAUUAACAGAUUUGAGUUGUAGAGGGAGCAUGAGCGUACCGAGAGUACUGUUGCUACCGCGCUCAAUGUGUUUUGCUCAGCCUCAGUUCCCAGCCAGUUGGGCUCUUGAUCAAACGCGUAUUAGCUGGCUACUCUUGGUCGAUGAAAGACGCCAAUCAGCCGCAAAUUGAAGAGUUUUAUCAGUGUCACUCUAGUUGGGUAAAUUAUUCAUCCCGACCGACAGACACACACGGGCUGACAAGGGAAGGAGUUCAGGAUAACCCUACUGGGUACCUAUCUGUGUGCUGUGCUUUGCUAGCCACCUUGUGCUCUAUUCACGAUUUGAAACCGCUAUCCGAUAGCUUUAACAAAACGUACUUUUCUGAGCAAUGAAUCAUUAUGCGAUGCUUUGUUCUUGUUUUUUUUUUUCUUCUCUUUUAACUGACCCCAUGGUCAUAAGGCCCAAGCCUAGCUUUGGAGCGGAGAAGGCUGUGGAGAUGGUUUGCCAAGAAAUUGGAGGCACGGAUGCAUGGAAAAUGCGCACGAACACAGAGCAUAGGACGAAUACUGAGCACCGUAUCCUCUGCAAUCCUUAUCGAUUGCAGCACCAAAACAUACAGUUAUAGCUGCCUACCACUAAAUACUAAGCAAAACAUUAAGUUUAAUUUUAAGCAAAACAUUAAGUUUAAACUUUUAUCCUUGGUUGUAUGAUUAAUUUUUAAAAAUUAUUACGGUUGCGUGCACACAUCGGCGCACACGCGCUGUGUUUGCGGGAUGCCUUUAGGUGGGGGUAGGUGUAGAUACUUCAGUUAACGUGAAGUAACGCUUUGCAGCCACACAUAAAGAACAACGCAAAUCGAAGAAGCAUAAAGAAGGCAGCGAGGGUUCACUGAGAUGAUGGAGACUUAUCGCAGAAGGGGCCGUUGAUCUGCGCCGUUAUGCUGGGCAGCACAAUGUUGUUCAAAGUGGAAAUAAUUUUGAGCCAAGCCAAACCCCUUAAAAUGCACUCCUUGCAACGGCUUCGUUUUGCUUCGUUAUCUCUCGUUAUUUUCGUUUUUCUUGUAUUUCUUCUUCAGCUGAUAAGCCAGCAAGGUCACCGGCUGUUUUGUAUCCCGUUUGUCUAGUUUUAGGACAGUCAUUUCUCGAGGAUAGCCUGUUGAGUAGGAUAAGAAAAAAAAGAGAAGAAGAAAUAGAGUUAAAUAAAAAAUAAAGAGAAAGAGAGAGAGAUAGAAAGAUAAUAGAAAUGAAGGAAGGAGAAGGAUUGAUACUUCCGCUGAAUAUGGAAUGUUCCGCAGGAUAUCCUUGCUCCGAAGAUGUCCUUUUGUAUUUGUAAAACAUGUAAAAAUCCUCAAAAAACAAACACAACAUAUUAGCAAGCCUAAAGGGAUGUAGGGCUUCUGGCAAAGAAGCUGCAUUGACCAGAGAAUUCCUUUGAGAGGGAAAGAGUCUGGUAGAGACAUUGUGCAACAACAGCAUGCACGUGCACGUGCACGUGGUAGUUGGUUUGUUUUGGAGAAGCAAUUCACAAUUUGGGACGCAUUGAUCACAGAGAGCACUGGUUAGUCAUCGUGUUUGGUGCCGAGAUCACAAUGAGAUCAAAGAACUUCUCCAAUGAUUUCAAGCAGUGUUUCAUGCCACCCGUUUGUAGCACGGCAAACCCAUCAUUCACACUGAUCCCGAAUUGAUUGGGAUAAAAACCACUGUUGGUCCCCCCCCCCCUUUCCUCCCAAUGAGCAUCCCCCAAGCACCGGCUGUCUUUUGAAUGGGCUAAAAUUCUUUUUUAACACAUGUAAGGACGGACGAGCUGUAUGUUUAACCGGGCUGAAGCUUUUGGAACAUUUAUUAAUGUGCUAGGGAACGAUGAUACAAUUUCAAGCAAAACAUAACAUUUGAAAUCACCCGCCUUUAGAUAUUUUUAUGUUUGUCCUUGAGUUUCCGGUCUGCCAGAAUAAGAGCGCACAAGAGGCACUCAGUUAACGGAGGCGACCAAUAGUGGCUUUUACUUGAUUUGGAAUCACGAACUGGAGGACGGAAGACAUUCGUUGGCGAGCAGUAUAAGUAAAUGUCAGGGUCAGGACCAUUGAAAUCAACCCCACCAUAGCCUUACACACUUCCGGAUUAUCUCACGUUGUCUCCGUAUCUGCGCGGUUGAACAGUAUCCUUUAACGAAAAGCGAUGAUCAGCCUAGCUGGUUCCGCUGCCGCAGACAAGCAUUGCCGUAGCAAAACCGGAGACGGUUUUGGUUGCUGGAUGUGAUCAUGGGCGAGGGUUGCGGGUAAAGCUAUUAAGAAGCUUCAGAAGUGAAACUUAGAAAAGGAAACAAAAACACUAAUGGGCGGGCGGUGCCUGAAGUGCAAACAAGAUAGUGUGUAUAGUGAUGACGAUGAAUGUAUGAUGCAUAACAGUUUUUAGAUAUCGAAAACAAAAAUCAAAUAAAAGAGUAUAUUUAAAGAAAUCGAAAAAAUAGAUAUAUAUCUAUAUACAUAUAUAUAGAUAUAGAUAUAUAUGUAUAUAUACACAUAUAUAUGCAUAUUAAUAUAUAUUAUUACAUAUAUAUUGUUAUGUUAAUAUAUAUGUAAAUAUAUACAUAAAUUAAAAAAAUAAAUGUAUAUGUAUGUAUAUAAGGGGAUAAACAUAAAUACGACUGUAUAUGUCAAGGGAAGCAACGAUAGGAGUUAGAUCGUCACCAACCACGCUGCACCUUUUAAGCGCGAGCGCAGUUCCUGGCGGAAGAGGGGACCGAAGCAGCGACAUUUUAGCUAGUUUGAGAGUAAAGAACACUUCUAGAGCAAAUUAUAUACACACGAGUAGCUAUACCCAAGACAAAGGAGCGUCUUUUUGAUGGUAGAGAGAUUGGGAUAGUGUGGUUGGAUAUGGGACAAUGAUUUCAAACCCGAUCUGACCAUUCCAAGCCCUGCGCAAAUAGGAACCAGCAGUGAACCUCCGUGUCAUGAAUCAUCGACGAAUGAGGGUGCAGAUGAUUCGAAGGAGGCAGCAGGUUGUUUUUUAUGGGAAUCCCUGUGGAAUGUUUGAUAGUGCUGCAUCAGCUCCACAUUUGUACGAUUUGUGGCACGGCUCGUCGAUAUCCUUCCUGGACAGGAGCAGUAUGUAUGUGUGUGCUUCGUGUACGUGCGUGUGUGUUGCUAUUCUGUUGAUUCGGAUUUCUUCGUAAUUGGUAUCUAGAAAAAGAAAGAUCGAAAAAAAAGUGUAUAGAAGGAGAUGUAGGUGAGGUGCGGGUGGGUGGGUGGGGGGUAGGAUCUGUGCUCAUUUCGUCGCUCGCCAACAAUUACCGUUACUUUUGUUUAGUUCAUUCUCGUUGUCAAUCUCGAUGUUGGACCUCUUGAAACUAAUCCCAUGGGGGUAUAGUACGAUCAUUACCAUGGAGAGGUGGCAAGGAAAACGCAAUUUGACCGUUAACCCGUCAAUGUACAACAUUGGUAUGUGUGAAUGAGUGUGUGUGUGUGUGUAUGUGUGUGCGUGUGCGUGUGUGUAUAUCUGUAUGUAUUGUGGAGAAGUAGAAGAGCACCAGUUUAGCAGUACCUAAGGGACGUGGCAGCGUCUCUAUACGCGCUAGAAUUUUGCUUGCGAUGCGAUGGAAAUGUUCAAAAAGUCCAUAUAACAAAAAAAAUGGUUUGUGUCCUUGCUAUUUCGGUUUGUGUCCUAGCGGUAUGGACUUUUCCAUGCCACGUGACAAAUUUCCAUAUCGGAAGCAAACUUUUAGCGUGUGUAAGGACGGCGUGUGAGAGCGACGUGGAAAGGUUGUUUGUAAUACGAGUUAAAACAAUUGGAAACAAGCAAACAAGCAGCGGCAACGAAGGGACAAAAAGCCCCAUAAAUGGAGCGUGGAUGAGAUAUAAUUAAAUAUAUAUUUUUUUGUCGACGGAAGCUACCGCGAAAACACGACGUGUGCUGUUUUGUGGGUGUGUGUGUGUGUGUGUAUUUUUGUGUAUUGGUGUGGGGACAGAAUGGAAACGCAAGCGUUGAAAUAGAAGCGAGCUGAGCAACUAUUGUGCUAAUAAAAGGGAAUUGAGGAGUUGCAUCGCGAACACGCGAGCUGAGACAGACUUAGCCAUUCUAUACCGAGUAAUCUAGGAUCAAAGUACUCGACGGUAGGUCGGAAAACGCGCUUUUGGCGGCUUGGCGAAGAUCAUCCGCCAACUGGUGAAAAGAGGAAGAGUGGCCGAGGCUGGGAAGAGGCGGUGGAAUUAUAGAGGAGUAGAUUUAUGAAACGUGCGCAUUUCGUCCAUUACCACCACCAAAUGCAAAAUGAUGCAGAAAAGGCUAGGGCUUCGUCGUUGCUCUCGUUCAGGCGCUGUUGGGUUUUCGUUUCCGAUUUCCGUCAUCUCCGUUUUAGUGUGGAGAGGAGCGGCCCGCUGCGGAUAACGGAAUUACAGGGUUCGGUGACGAUCGCAACUGUUUUUGGGAGAUUACCGUGCACUCACAAAACAACCAACCGUAACUCUUAUUGCAGAACCUUUAUGUCUGGAAUAAAAACAAAAUAAAAAAAAGAAACAAAGAAGAACGUAAAA